AGUGUAAGCAUGGCGGAUAGCUCGCGCGCACAGAAACUGGACCUUGUUUUCCAGCAUAUAAGAAACGUUCCUGAUUUUCCCAUCGAAGGCAUCGUGUUCAAGGAUAUUUGCCCUAUUUUGAAGGAGCCCAAAGCCCUGGCUGCAGUUAUAGAUCUGUUUGAGGAGCACGUGAGGCAAAACCAUCCACACACUGAGCUCAUUGUGGGUCUGGAAGCCCGGGGAUUUCUGUUUGGGCCUCUUUUGGCCCAGAGAUUGGGAAUCGGCUUUGUCUUGGUUAGGAAGAAAGGGAAACUUCCUGGUCCCACAAUGUCUGUAGAGUACACUCUCGAGUAUGCCACGGCUGAGGUGGAGAUUCAGGUGGACGCUGUGGACCCUGGACAGAAGGUUCUCGUCAUCGAUGACCUGCUGGCUACCGGAGGGACACUGUGUGCAGCGUGUGAGCUGAUGAAGAAGCAGAAGGCUCAGGUGCUGGGCUGCUUGGUGGUGAUCGAACUAAAGGACCUCCGCGGAGCAGAGAAACUCCCCGUCCCCGUCUUUUCUUUGCUGCAGUGCUGAUCACUUUCACAUCUGCACCGAGAUGAAUGAAGCAUUCCACAUUUACACGGCGCAAUAAGUACACGUGCAUCAGAUUCUUUCUGAAUCGUAUUUUGUCUCUAAAGAAAGUUGGAGCGAGUUUAAGUAAUUAUCAAUUAAUUGCAACAAAUGAGAGUUGUUCAGUGGGACUUUUUGUCCUUGGGAUGCAGCUAUGCAAUUGUACAUGAUUUUUAGUCAAUACCUCUGUGUUCUUGUGUAAUUAUAGCCCUGAUCCUGGUUUUAUUCAUAUGCAUAUUGUUCAUUCAGUUGCUUGAUUGGGGCAGGUUUACAAAUGUGCCAUUAUAUGGUGAGUUUCUAAAGGAUGAAACCAUGCCUGGUCAGGCUCCAUUCUGCUGUCUGUAAAAGCCAUUUUAAGA